CUUCCUAUAACCGGGCAACCAGCACCGCGUGCAGUAUUCCAAAAGAGGCCUCACCAACGUCUUGUUCAACCGAACAUGACGUCCCAACUCCUAUACUCAAAGCUCUGAGCAAUGAAGCUAAGUGGCUGAACACCUUCUUGACCACCCUGUCUACCUGUGACGCAUCUUUCACGGAACUAUGCACCCAAACAGAGGGCACUGCUGAGAAGGAUUCUGGGAGGAGUCGUCUCAGUCACCAGCGACUGCCCAGGAGUGAAUAAGAGGAAGGCAAGCUUUAGCGGAGCGGCCAUUUUGGGGUGGAAGUGCUGCUGGAGGUUUUCAGUGUAGGCUUAAGUGAAUACCAGUGAGGAGGUCAAACAGCAGUGAGGUAAGGCAGUCGGAAGAGGAGCAAACUACUGCAGCUCCUGAAGACAUGAGGGUAAAGGAGAAUCAGAAGCAAGUUUAAUCGUGAAGUCACAGGCAGCAGGGUAUCAGAAACGGUAAAAUUUGCAGACGAGAAAUGCAAAAGAAAGUAACAUGGUGAUAACAGACAGACACUUGAUUCAUCGGCAUCUGAAUAUCAUCGCACUUUGAAGAGGGAUGGGAAAAUAUUUUCAAUAUCAGUGUGACUGGAAAAACCACUUCGAGACACACCUGAAUGCGAUGUACUAGUGAACUGAUUGUGGAAAGAACUUUAAUUAGUUACCUAAACUUAAAAGGCAUUUACAGAGGGGAAAACUGUGUUUGAGGGUGAGGAUACAACUCAUGGCUGGAUCUGGAGAAAUACAAGAAUAGCAGAGCAAUGAAGAAACCAUGGAAAUGUGGGGACUGUGGGAAAGGAUUCAAACAGCCAUCUCUGCUGGAAAUCCAUCGACGCAGUCACACCGGGGAGAGGCCAUUCACCUGCUUCGAGUGUGGGAAGGGAUUCACUGCCGCGUGCAAUCUGCAGACACACCAGCGGCUUCACACUGGGGAGAGGCCGUUCAUCUGCUUAGACUGUGGGAAGGCGUUCAGUGAUUCAUCCAGUCUGCGCAAGCACCAGAGGGUUCACACUGGAGAGAGACCGUUCACCUGCUCUGAGUGUGGGAAAGGGUUCCUUGAUUCAUCCAACCUCUUGACACACCAGCGGCGAAGUCACACCGUGGAGAGGCCAUUCACCUGCUCCGAUUGCGGGAAGGGAUUUGGCGAUUCGUCAUCCCUGCUGACGCACCAGCGAGUUCACACCGGGGAGAGGCCAUUCACCUGCCCCAAGUGUGGGAAGGGCUUCAGUGAUGCUUCCACCCUGAGGAAGCACCAUCGUGUUCACACCGGAGAGAGGCCAUUCACCUGCACCGAGUGCGGGAAGGGGUUCACUCAGUCAACGCACCUCCUGACGCACCAGCGAGGUCACACGGGGGAGAAACCGUUUGCCUGCUCAGUGUGCGAGAAGAGAUUCACCCGAUCAUCCACCCUGCGCACUCACCAGCGAGUUCACAAAAAGAAUAAGCCAUGGAAAUGUAUGGACUGCGGGAAGGGGUUUAAUUAUCCAUCCCAACUGGAAUCUCAUCGACGCAGUCACACCGGGGAGAGGCCGUUCACCUGCUCCGAGUGUGGGAAAGGGUUCAGUGAUUCGUCCAGCCUACAGACGCACCAGCGGGUCCACACCGGAGAGAGACCAUUUAUCUGCUCCGAGUGCGGGAAGGGAUUCACCGAUUCAUCCAACCUACAGAGGCACCGGCGUAUUCACACCGGGGAGAGGCCGUUCACCUGCUCUGAGUGCGGGAAGGGCUUCAGUGAUUCAUCCAGCCUGCUGACCCACCAGCGGGUCCACACCGGGGAGAGGCCGUUUAUCUGCUCCGAGUGCGGGAAAGGAUUUGCGCAGUCGGCAAACCUGCUGGCUCACCAGCGGGUUCACACCGGGGAGAGGCCGUUCACCUGCCCGGUGUGCGCGAAGGGCUUCAGUCAGUCCUCCAACCUGCUCACCCACCAGCGACUUCACACCGGGGAGAGUCCCUUCAUCUGCUCCAUGUGUGGGGAUGGAUUUGAUGACUCGGCCACCCUGCAGACACACUGGCAGGUUCAUUACGGGGAGAGGCCGUUUCCCUGCUCCCAGUGCGGGAAGGGAUUCACUCAUUCCUCCCACCUCCUGAAGCACCAGCGCAGCCACACCGGGGAGAGGCCGUACGUCUGCUCCGAAUGCGGCAAGGCCUUCAGCCAGCUGUCCAACCUGCUGACCCACGGGCGCACUCACACCGGGGAGAGACCUUUUGCUUGCUCCGUGUGUGGGAAGGGAUUCACUCAGUUAUCCAGCCUGCUGACCCACCGGCGCACUCACACCGGGGAGAGGCCGUUCACUUGUGCCGUGUGCGGGAACGGAUUCAGCGAUUCCUCCACCUUACGCAAACACCGGCUUGUCCACACCGGGGAGAAACCCUUUACCUGCACCCUGUGUGGGAAGGGCUUCACUUCUUCCUCCAACCUGCUGAGGCACCAGAGCGGUCACACCAAUUAGUGACCCCCACCCCAUGCAGGGCUCUGACUUUGAGUGGCGCCUAUUUUUAAUGCAUAAAACAAUCUGAGGAAUUGUGAAGAGGAAAGGGUGUUCCGCUGCUUCCACAGCGCAAAGAGGUUUGGAUAAGUGCGCCAGCGGGUUCCACAAAGCGUUUCAAGGGUUUAGAUUCUGAUGUUGCUCACAUCCAGGACUGAAUCAUGUUCAUUCUGACUGCUGGGGGUUGGUGUCUGUCGCUGCUGGAGGUUAAAACUGUGGAUGCGUUAAAUAAAAC